GUUAAAUUUAAAUAAGAGCCUGCACAAUCACAUUUUUAUCAAAUAUAUUUAGCAAAUGUCAUUCAUGAUGACCUCGUCAAGAGCUCCGCUGAGUGGAAUUCGGGUGUUGGAAUUUGCUGGGUUAGCUCCUGGACCGUUUUGUGGCCGCAUUCUCAGUGAUUGGGGUGCAUCUGUUGUCAGAGUGGAUAAGCCCAAUGAUGUUGAUAUGGACCGUCUUUCUGCUGGCAAGAGAAGCAUCAUUGUUGACAGCAAGAAGCCUGAAGGGAAGCAAGUUCUUGUUAAACUUGCCAAUGUUUCUGAUGUCCUCAUUGACCCAUUCAGACCAGGCGUGUUAGAACGUCUGGGACUUGGACCCAGUGAACUGCACAUCAGCAACCCUGGCCUCAUCUACGCUAGGAUGAGUGGCUACGGACAAACUGGCCCUUAUCGCUCCCGUGCUGGACACGACAUCAAUUAUGUUGCACUCUCCGGAAUGCUGUCAGUGCUGGGACACAAGGAGUCUCGGCCAUGCCCUCCCAUCAACUUGCUGGCAGAUUUUGCAGGGGGCGGCCUUAUGACGGCGUUUGGGGUGGCAAUGGCCUUGCUGCACCGCAACAAGACUGGUGAAGGCCAAGUGGUGGACUGCAGCUUGACUGAGGGCGCGGCCUACACCAGCUCCUGGGUUUACAACGCUCAGGAUUUGUCCUUCGUCUUCGGCAAGCCUCGGGGCGAGAACUUGUUAGAUAGCGGGUCACAUUUUUAUGACACGUUUGAAACCGCGGACGGCCGGCACAUGGCAGUCGGGGCUCUGGAGCCGCAGUUCUACCAGCAAUUCAUCCAAAAACUGGGACUUGAAAUCGAAAACGUGCCUCAGUUCGGAGACUCUGAUGCCUUGAAGGCCGUUGUCGAGGCGCAGUUCAAGACCAAAACAAUGGAGCAGUGGACGAAGGUAAGGUUACUCCAAUGCAUUCAAAUAAAAAUAAUAAAAUGGUAUUCUCAUGGUCAUUUAGUUAUACUCCACCUAAAGGAAACCAUGCAGCAGUGGACGAAGGUACGUUAUAAUCCAUCUAAAGGAAACCAUGCAGCAGUGGACGAAGGUACGCCCAUGUGCGCUGGCUGCUCUGAUGACGGCACAUUGUCCGAGACUACAUUGAGUUCUGUUUAUAUGGGCAGACUUUCUGCGUCACCUGCCCCAGGCAGGGCGGAGGGAAGCCGCUACCCCGUGGCGGGGCAGCACAGCGAAGAAGUGCUACGCGAGCUCGGCUUCUCUGCGGCGGAGCAACAGCAACUGCUGAGCUGUGGGGCGGUCGUUAGCGCCGAGCAGCCCGGCCACUCCAGCAAACUCUGACGAGGAGGCUUGAAAUCUUCCAGCUAGUUAACCCUUUACCGCCUGACAUGAGUAACAGGAGGGAUAUUGUCACAAGCCUACUGCCCAAAAAUGAUACGUGCUUGUGAGCGCAAAAUGACUUGCACUGAUGGUUGCCGGCACGUACGACAACUUUAAGAUGUUCUUUGUUGCGUACAAACGUCCUCAGGUUGUUGCACUCGAUAGUUUACGUAUG